AAAGACGUUGAAAGAGUGGCCCACAGACCAGAACUGGACAUUAUUUAUUCAUGACAUACAUUGAGCAAAGUAACUUAACCCGAAUCGCCUGUACUAUAUCCAUGUCAUUUUUUUGAUGCGGAUGAGGACGUAAGCAACAAGCAGUUGCUCCAUUGAUGUUUUGCAAGUAAUAUUUUGGUUACUCCAUCAACAUCGUGACCUAUUGGUUUUGCAACUUUGCAUCGCUAUCAUCGGCUAUGUGAGUUAUUAUGUUGUGAACAGUUGAAAAGCAGUCGUUAUUGGAUACAGCGAUACAGGCGAUUGUUGCUAAGAGCUGUGAGGGAGUUAGUAUGGAGGCAGUAGUACAUCUAGCUUCCUCGGACCAAAUGAACCAAGACGAUUCUUUGUUGGCUGGUUAUUACACCGAAAUAAGCACUGAUAUUACAUGGGAUGAAAACACUGCAACCGAACAUCUUCUGUUUGACGACUGGAACGCUACCGUCACAUCAACGACGGAUGCUCCGGAAGGCAAUGUUAAUAUUACGCGGGUACUACUUGCGAGUAUAGCCUUGCUGAUCAUUAACUUAGCAGUUAUAAUUGGAAAUAUUCUGGUAUUGUUGGCUGUAUAUUGCGAGCGAGCUCUUCGAACGGUGACCAACUAUUUCAUCGUCAAUUUAGCGAUAGCCGAUCUACUUCUUGGAACUUUAGUAUUACCAUUCUCAGGUGCCUUCGAAGUCAUACACUAUUGGCCUUUUGGAGGAGCAUUUUGUGAUAUUUGGGCAGCUGUGGAUGUUUUGUGUUGCACUGCGUCAAUAAACAGUCUGUGCUGCAUUAGCGUCGAUCGUUAUAUUGGAGUUACAAAACCAUUAAAGCACCGACUAAUAAUGACACCAAGACGAGCUGUAAUGCUCAAUAUUUUCGUUUGGUUAAUAUCUUUUGGAAUUGCCGUCGGACCAUUGUUUGGAUGGAGACCCGUAAAAACAUCAGACAUGGAGUGCCCAUUAUCGGACUCUAUCGGAUAUGUAUUUUUCUCAGUAGCGGGCUCAUUUUACAUUCCUUCAACUAUCAUACUCAUUCUUUACUUUCGAAUUUACCGAGCGGUGUCACGGGAAACCAAAACUAUACAAGCUAGGUCUCGAAGACGAUAUGGCGAUACUGAAAAUGGGCAUGCAAGACAUGUCAUUCUUCGCAUUCAUGUUGGUAAUAAAAGACACUCUGGUGAGAAUUGUAAUCGCCGAUCAGACGGUUUGUCUUCGGGUUCAUCCAGAUCCAGGAAUCUCUCGCAAAGAACUGCAACGUUCAACAGAGAAAAGAAAGUUGCCAAAACCCUUGGCAUUGUUGUUGGUGUCUUCAUCAUUUGCUGGUUGCCAUUUUUCUUUUUUCUACCACUAACCUCUGUAUGUCAAAGUUGCAAGCUUCCAGAUGUUGUCUUCACAUUCUUCUUCUGGCUCGGGUACUGCAACAGUUGUGUCAAUCCAGUUAUAUACGCCAUGUCCAACCUUACAUUCCGUAAAGCUUUUCGGAAGAUUAUCACAUGUUGGUAUUGUAAAGACCAUCGUGGCUUACGGAGGACAUUGGGUUCAAGGCGAUCCUCAAAUGUGUCUCGUCUUACUUCAAGCACGCCAAUGUCAAGUCCCAUGGUCAUGAGCCGUGUUAAGCGACUUACUUCAAAUACACCAAGUAAUUUGUCUAUGUUCCGGAGAAAACCAACAUCAACGAGGACCUCACAGCUGACAAAUAGCAAGCAACACCCCAUGCCGGAUUAUCGGACAUGCGAGGCAGACAUUAAUCAAUCGAAUGUAAAUAAAGUGUUUUGUGAUAAACUUAAAAAUGAAAGAUGUGGAAUGUCGACUUUUGACAUUGAGUCAACAACUGAUGAUAAGAGCAGUUUCAGAGAAGAUAAGCAAAGUAAACCGCAGGAUGCUAAUCAAACCACGAACUCUGAUGAUUACGGGCAUUUUCAAGUAGAUCUUAAUAACAGUGUUAGCUUAUCGGACAAUAGCAAUAAUAAUUCUAAGGGCUUUCAUGAGCCACUCGCACAUUCAUUUUGCAGUGAUAACCAAUCCCAGUGUUCUAAGACAGAUCUGAGCACAGUGGUCAGUUUCAAACAUUUAACUGACACGCACUUGUCAAAUGGCAUAUACGAUUCCAGGGAGACACCUGUUUGAUGUUAAGUCGUGUUUUGUUAGACUAUAGGUGCCCUAAAAAGGCACUAUAUUUAGUAAAAGGUAAGUGAAUGCUUCCAUUUCUGAUGUUACGAAGUCAUUUAGAUCCAAGUGGACAACAUAACAGACAAAACCCCCUAAAAAUGGGAAAGAAACGCCGAAAUGAACGGAGAUUGGAAUCAAGGAGUUUUAGCAAAAUAAAAUUAUAAUUAUUUUAAUAAUUUACAAUUCACAAAUAAAUACACACUAAUCAGUUUAGAUAAACAGAUGGGAAACGAAGUAAAUUAUUACAUCAUAAAUCAUAAUUAUGACUCAUACGGAUCAGCCAUUUUGUCAUCGUGGCGGUACGGAUAGGGCCUGUGCGACAGAUCGAAAGUCGCGAAAGUUCUUGCUGAUUACACCAGGUAUAUUGAAAGAGCGAGAUUGACACUAACUGAAUACCCUUCUAGAGUCUUCCGUGAGGGUACAGCCUCCGGACACCGAAUCAUAUUUCAGGAAUUUUUUACUUAAGGAGUUAAUCUCGCAGAAGCCCCGCGACAUUUUUUUUUUAUACAAACCAUACAACAUAUUUAUGAAAGUUUACUAUAUGGUAUUAUCGACCUGUGUCAGGCUUUGGCUUUUUCACCGUCCCAUGGUCCAUGUAGAUGUUAUUAAGUUCGUAUAUCUAUAAAACAUGUCAGUGCCUUUUGGGUGUUUUAUCACGUGUUGUCAAAAUUUGAAGUAUACAGUGUUUAAACGUCGGUGAAGGGCAAAACCUAAUUUGAAAAUUUGACGGGAUAACAUAUAUUAUUAUUGUUGUUAAAAUAGUACGUGUUGUCAAAAAUUUGAAGAGAUAAUUAUAUAAUAUUUGAUGACUUUGAGGGGGAUACACGAAUAUAUUGAAUUAUGAUUGUCUUAUUUUCUCUAUCACGGAAAAAAAAAUCGCCUUUGUCUCUCUUUGUGAUAUCUUCGAGUUUGACGUGUCCUCCGAAGGAUUGCCUCCAUUUUGAUUGAAAUCCUUCAUUGUAAAAACGUUGGGCAAAAUGGGUUGAUAUGUAGACCAACGUUGGUCAGCUUAUCAAUAGGUUAAACUCUUGGGCAAUUUCUUCCCAAUAGUUGGACGAUGUUUACCCAAAUGAGUUGAACCAGAGUUGAAACGAGUCACUGACUUUUGUGACUCGAGUCGAGUAGAGUCAUUUUAAAGAAGUGACUUGAGUCGAGUCGAGUCAUUAGGUCAAGA